AUGCGCGUGAAUGCUCGUUGGGCUUCUGUGGAUCGUUUUACAAAAGAGAUUCCUGCAUCGACACAAUCACCGAUGAUGCGAGCUUUCAAGCAACUGCACUAUGAAUUACAAUCAGUGAUUGAUCUAUCAGAUGUUGACACCGUCUCGUAUCUUUUACCGUUUGUAAUGGUCAUUGAGUCUGAACGCACGAGUGGAUUUAUCACAGGCGCUGCUAUCUCUGCUAUCAACAAGUUUUUACUUUAUGGACUUAUAACUAGUGAAUCUCUUCGAGCAGAUGUAGCUAUUAAUCGCAUUGCUGUGUGUGUAUCUCGCUGUAGAUUUGAAGAAACUUAUCGAGCAGAUGACGAAGCGGUUUUAAUGAAGUUGUUGGAGCUUGUGGAGUAUUGUAUUCGAUGUGAUGCUGGACAUUUGAUCUCAGACGAGAAUUUAUGGAAAAUGCUACAAUUGUGCUACAGUAUUCGAUGUCAACCAAGGUCUUCUAUGCAUUUAAGCAGAUCAGCAGAUAACACGCUGUCGCACUUGGUGUUGACUGUUUUUGAUCGCAUUAAUGAGUUGGAACCGAAGAGGAAAUCGAGUCAGCCACAACUACCAGUAUUGUUGCAGGAUGAGUCGAAUGAUCAACAGAAAGAGGAUAAUGAAGCGAGUAACAAAGAGCAAGAGGUGUUGACAUUGCCGGUGUAUGACGAAAGUCUUGAUAUUGAAGAGCAGGAAACUUUAGCACCUGUCGAGUCGACGCCUGACACAGCGAAGAUAGUGGAUAAACCGUACGGAAUACCGUUAUUAGAACGGAUUUUGCACUUUAUUUCGGGGCUUAUAUCACCAACAGAGAACGAAGAAAUGACGUGUGUUUUGGGAUUAAGAUUGAUAAACGUUGUGUUGGAAACUGCUGGCACUGGGCUUGGCAACCACUUGUGCUUGGUGUCGGUUCUGCAGGGAGACUUGUCCAAGUUUCUGCUGCAAAAUUCGGAGACAGAGGAAUUAGGUAUUUUGUCGCUUACGCUUCGUGUUGUGUUUAAUUUGUUCAACUCGAUAAAAGAUCACUUGAAAGUCCAGUUGGAAGUUUUCUUUACUAGCGUCCACAUGCGGAUUAUCGAUUCUCCAUCUUGCUCAAAUGAACAAAAGGAGCUGGCAUUGGAAUCAUUACUUGAGUUUUGUCGUGAACCUGCACUAAUGCUGGAUCUUUACAUUAAUUACGAUUGUGACGUUCAUUGCACCAACUUGUUUGAGGUUUUGUGCAAGUCACUUGCUAAGAAUUGUCAGUCCAUGUCCAGUCCGGACGGUAGCCUGAACGCUCUUACGUUACUGUGUCUUGAGGGAUUGCUUACAGUGAUUGAAUCGAUUGCUCGACGCUGUCCAUUAAAUGCUUCUGGAUCCAGACCUACGGUUAGCACCACAGGCGUUUUGAACUUGAAAGGAUCAGACCUUGCACGAUUUACAGCCGGCGCUUCUCCUGGUAACGAGAAUUCAUCGAGUGAAUUUCUUAAGGACGAUAUCUCGCCGCUGUCUUCAGUCCGAGAUCUAAUGCAACUCGUCAUGUCCGGAAGUGAAAGUGAUUCGGAUUCAGAGCAGAGUGAACUAGAAAAUCCGGCAGAUCAAUUGGCAUGGCUACACACUGCACGUGAACGUACAGCUGAAGUGUUACAGCAGCGCAAAAGCAUUAAAAAACGCUACGCAUUGGCUGCAGACAAAUUUAAUCACGAUCAGAAGAACUGGAUGGCAUUCUCGCAACAAAUUGGACUAUUGCCCGAAAAGUUAACUCCUGAAUCCGUUGCUUCAUUUUUAUUACACACUCCCGGAUUGAAUAAAACACUUAUUGGCGAUUAUAUCGGGGACGGACCAGUUGAAAAAUAUCCUUUUAAUGCGGCAGUACGAGAAGCGUAUGUAGCUAUGUUUGACUUUCAUUCGGUACCGUCACUAGACGAGGCGUUGCGAAUGUUUUUGGCCAGAUUUCGUUUACCAGGAGAAGCUCAGAAGAUUGAUCGAAUGAUGGAGGCGUUUUCCAAGCACUUUUACCUACAAGCAGGAACAUCCGGGCCCUUGGCAGACGCUGAUGCGGCGUACGUUCUAGCAUUUAGUACCAUCAUGUUAAACACGGAUUUGCAUUCGGACCACAUUGCCAAGAAAAUGACCCUCGAAGAAUUUAUUCGCAAUAACCGCGGAAUAAAUGCCGGUGAGGAUCUUCCUACGGGAUAUCUGACGGAUCUGUAUUACAAUAUACUUGAAAAGGAGAUUCAAAUGCAACACGAUGUGUCCGACUUCAUGGAAUCUCCCUCAUCAACUGUGGAUCGGUACUCAAUGCAAUGGGAUGGUGUUUUAAAGCGCUCGGAGAAUGUGGUUGGGGCGAGUUUCACCUCCAAUACGAGCAUUCUCAAGCUACGUGCUGGAUUAUAUGAGAAAGACAUGUUUAAUUUGAUUUCAGAGAGUACAAUUAAGAGUAUUCUUCUGGCAUUUGAGAAAACGUGCGAUUUGACCAACAUGGAACGUUCACUGGAAGGGCUAAGCAACUGUGCGAAGAUCAUGCUUUACUACGAUAUGACUGACGAGUUCAAUAAGAUUAUGGGUGCUUUAGCGUCGUAUUUUUUCACGUUUGCACACGGUAUUUUGAGUGGUGAAAAAGUAUACAUACCGCCACGAUUGAGCAGUAACGUAACAUCCUCACUUUUACCAUCACCGUCGAAUUCUGGAGCAACUGAGACAAUUGGAAAGCGUAUUGUCCGUCGAAAAGAUGAUGGAUCAGAAGUCGAAGUGCUGGCUGCACCUUCACUGCAGUUGGACGGGUCAGUUGACGAGGAUUCAGUGCAGGGAGCGAAGGCACGUCGAGCUCUACUUGCACUCAAGAUGCUAUUUCAAUUUGUACAGAACAAAAGCGAGUAUUUUGUCAAAGGUUGGGCUAGUGUCGUAGAAUGUCUGCUCAUGUUCAAUGAAUUGGAUGCUGUUCCUACCUCGUUGGUCGAAAUUGACGACUUUGUUGACUCUCGCGGUGUCCCGCUACCCCCAAUGCAAGGUCACCAUUCGACUGUUGUAUCUAGUCAGCCAAAGUUGUCACCCAGUCGCGGACAGAGUGCUACCGGCCUCGCCGGAAAGACCCGUGAACGCUCUCGACGCCAGGCAGAGCGUCAAGCUGCGAUUCGUAGUCGCAUGAAGAGCAUGACACAAGCGAGUCAAGGAACAGCUUACGGAAGUCAUGGUGUCAGUAGCGGCUCCUUUUGGGAUUCAUUGUCCAACUAUCUUUGGGCGGAAGAGGAGAAAAUCAAUGCCAGCUUUUCUUUAGUCAAUCAAAUGCUUCGUGAAGAGGUAAUGAAUCUAGGCGGUGGGAUUCUCGAGAAGGAAAACUGGCUGCGUUUGACUCGUAAACUACAUGAAAAGUCGCUUACGAGCUUGUUGGAAACGUUAAUAUCGUGUCGUGACCCAUUUAAAUGCAUCAUGCAGCCGUCUGAUUCAGGUGUCGAUGCGAUGAUGCAAGAGAAUGCAAUCUUAGUACUAGAGCUGAGCGUUGACAUCAUUUUGGUUAAUUCGCACCGCAUCUUGCAGCUCAAUUUGUGGGAUUCGUUUCAUUUGUACGCCAAGCGUAUCCUGUCGACGCCAUUGAGCGAACUUCACAUGCAAGGAUUGGUUGAACGCGUUGUAGUGCAUAUUUUACGUGUGAGUAUUCGACUCUUCCACGAUGAGAAGGUGCGUCCGAAGCUAAUGGCGACGCUUGAGCUGCUGUUGACAAUGGACAAGGAUAUGUACAAGGCACUGAGUGAUCGACUAGCGUCUGGGUUGGCGAUGCUGCUCAAGGCGAAUUUGGUCUACAUGCAAGAUUUUCAUGAUUGGGAAGUACUUUUGGGCAUUUUACAAAAUGUUGUUGAGUAUAUUAACAGCAGAGCAGCUUGCUGGGAUAGUGUAAUUCUGCUCGCGGAGAAAAGCCAUCUAAACGACGACAAUUUUAAGCCGUGGAUGUCACUGUGCUGCAGCUUUAUUCGACACCAAACGUCGUACGCAGCUGACGCACUCAAACUCUUGCAAGGACUGGCUAAUAGUGUCAAUACUUACAAGAUGAAUGGCCCUUCGUGGCUGCAAGUGAUGCAAGUGAUGCUGAAGUAUCUGAGCGAUGAUCGACCACCAGUAGCUAAGACUGCUUGGGAUUGUUUACGCAAUUCACUACUGCUUCCUGGAGUUCCGAUUGCCAGAGAUACUUGGAAACAGUGCUUCAAUGAUAUAAUCUUUGCCUUUGAUGAUCAAGUGAACGAUGUCACUUUGAAAACGGCACGUGAUGCACCAUUAUAUAGUGUCACACUUUUGUCCAAGACAUUCCUUCACAAUUUGAAUGUGUUGAUGGAGUUGCCAGACUUCCCUGAGCUGUGGCUCAAGGUGUUACGUCGUCUAGCAAAUAAACUUGUACCAUCAAGCUUGCCAGCUUCCAUGACUUCGCAGCAGACGAGUGUCGUCUUCGAAACAACGCUGCAAUCACUUUAUAAUCUUUUGCUCGUGCUGAAAGCUGAAGAUGUUCUUGAACGGGUGAGUACUGAUGGCUGCAACGAGACGUUGUUUGAUGAGACGUGUGCAGUUAUCGACGCUGUAUGUCCACACUUGAAAACACAGUUAGGUUUAUCGUCCGAACUUGUUGCCGACACUGCCAGUGUUGGACAGCCUUCUGAUGUAUUAGGUCAAGAAGAAACGACAAGUCCAGUCACACCCGUUGAGGAUGAAGCUGAAACAGAUCAGAUAAGUGAAAACAAAUUGAUGUCGGAUGAAAAGGAGGAAGAUGAAAAGGAGAACGAUCUUAAAGCUACAGCACAAGACAAAGCUGAAAGCAUUGUUGAUGAUGAGAUAUUGAGCCAGAGCAAAUUACGUGCUGCAGCUACUGACGAACCGACGAGUCAUCAUGAAGCCGUGUCAGAUGAGUCUGUUUUGAAGAAUGUUUUGAAAAGUUAUAUCCAUUCUUCAAUGUCUACAACAUCGCAAGAGAUGGUAAUUAUUGGAGAUGGCACAUUUGGCAUUAAAGUGGACGAAGUUUUAGUGGAUGAGAUUAUUGAAGCUGUCUAA